GAGAGGUGUUCCUCACGUCACUGAGCGGAAGCCUGCAGGGAGGUGAAGACACAGCAGAAGAGGAAGCCUCUUCUCUCUGACUUGUAAUCUGUAUAAAAACACAGAUCCUUCUCCUCCUCCUCCUCCUCUCUGACGCAUCCCUCUCCUCCCUCUCCUCCCUCUCCUCCUGCGGGUUCUCCUGGUUGUCCUCCUCCUCCUGGUCGGUCAUGUGUCGGCCGGCUGCAGCUCUGCUCGCGGCUCUGGCCGCUUCUCUCUGCUGCGGAGCGAUGGACCAGCCGCUCAACAGCCGGCCCAUCAUCGGGGUGUUGGCACAGGAAACCCGUAAAGACGAACAGGCUACAAGGGGCUUUUCCUACAUCGCUGCUUCCUAUGUGAAAUACCUGGAGGCAGCCGGGGCCAGGGUCGUACCUGUCAGAGUAAAUCUCACAGAAGAAGAAUAUACCAAGAUAUUCAACUCAAUCAACGGGUUGCUGCUGCCAGGAGGAAGUUCCAAUCUGCUGACGUCGCAGUACAGUCGUUCCGCCAGGAUUUUAUACAACUUGGCUCUGAUGGCCAACGAUGCUUCGGACUACUUCCCUGUCUGGGGAACUUGUCUGGGCUUCGAGCAGCUGACUGUCUUCACAGCGAAGAAAAACCUGCUCACGCUCACUGACACCACGGCUGUGGCUCUGCCACUCAACUUCACACGAAAGGCACAUUCCAGCCGUCUGUUUCGGAGUUUCCCCAAAGAUGUGCUGAGGUCUCUGACCGAGGAAAACAUCACCUCCAACUUCCACAAGUGGAGUCUGUCCACCAAGAACUUCAGCGGGAAUCCCAGGCUGAAGAAGUUUUACAAGGUCCUGUCGACGAACCACGAUGGGAAGCAAGAAUUCAUCUCCACUAUGGAAGCCUACCGGUAUCCAUUUUAUGGAGUUCAGUGGCAUCCGGAGAAAACCCCUUUUGAGUGGAUCGACAAACCGGGGAUGAUUCACUCCACCGCUGCAACAAGAGUCGCCUUCUACUCUGCCAGCCUCUUCGUCUCUGAAGCCAUGAAGAACAACCACAGUUUCCCGAGUCGGGAGGAGGAAGAGAGAGCGCUCAUCUACAACUUCUGUCCCGUCUUCAAAGGCAUGGACUCCAUCUUUGUUCAGAGCUAUUACUUUGAUUGAUGGACGUGAGGAGCCAGUCACUGGAGGAUCAUUUCCAACCUGAUGAAGUCACUGACAGUAAAACCUCAAAUGGAACAGCGGCAAUUCUGUAAUAUGUGAAUGCAGUGAUAAAUAAAAAUAGAAGAAAGUGAAAUAAAAGUGUUGUGUUCGAAAAUGUAUCUGGAUUUCUACGUCUGUUAUGAUAAAAGUACAAAAUCAAA